AAUAUUACAAACAAGCAUCGUUCACUACAGUCAUUUAUUAUUGUUCAUAUAGUUUUUCUAUAAAAUAUCUCGUGAAUUUGUUUAUCUUAUCUCAGGAUUUUUUUUUAAUGACAUUGACAGCAUUAGAGGUCGGUUGCUAGUAAUCUAAAGUGAAUAGUCGACUGAUGUAUUGUUAUUUAUUUGAUUAAGAUUUUUCUCCCGACAUAAUCAUGUUGUCGUUAAUACUACUUGUGAUAGCCAUAGGCCUCUUUUAUUAUGUUGCUAUAAAACCUUUGAACUAUUGGAAAGAAAAAAGAGUAAUUUUCCAGGAGGGAGCGAUGUGGUUGCUGGGAAAUCAAUGGAAGUUCUUUCUAAACCGUCAAGAUAUGUUUGAAGUAUUUGAAGAUGCUUACAAUGCAGCACCAAAUGCUAGAUAUGUAGGUUUCUAUCAAUUUACAGUACCUGCUUUGAUGAUAAGAGAUCCAAAGCUAUUAAAACAGAUAACUGUUAAGGAUUUCGACCAUUUCGUUAAUCAUAGGACGUUUGUACCAGAAGGAUCUGAUCCACUUUGGUCAAAGAAUCUUCUUUCGUUAAGAGAUCAAAGAUGGAGAGAUAUGAGGGCAGUACUAAGUCCUUCAUUCACUAGCAGCAAGAUGAAGAUGAUGUUUCAUCUCAUGGCGGACUGCUCUGAAAAUCUGGUAAAACACUUCUUAACUAAAGAUCAAGAAACCACUGAAGUGGCAUUUAAAGAUGUUGCAACUCGUUAUGCUAACGAUAUUAUAGCUUCUACUGCUUUUGGAAUACGUACAGAUUCUUUUGAGAAGCCAAAAAAUGAGUUUUACUUAAUGGGAAAAGAAAUUACGAGCUUUUCUAGUUUCUGGAAGAAUUUAAAAAUAGUGGGAUUUAUAACAAUACCCAAAAUUUUUAAGCUCCUAAAAAUAAAUAUCUUUGAUGGACCCUCAAGACUAUUCUUCAUUAAUCUGAUUGAAGACACUUUAAGAAUGAGGGAAGAAAAAAACAUUGUGAGGCCUGAUAUGUUGAAUCUUUUAAUCGAAGCAAAGAAGGGCAUACAGCACAAAGAUGAGCAAUCUGGAAUCGAUGAAACAGGGUAUUCUACAGUUCAAGAACAUCUAACAGGAAAACAUAUGCAAGCUUCUGACAUCACAAAUGAAGAUAUUACCGCACAUGCCUUGAUAUUUUUCUUUGGUGGUUUUGACUCAGUUUCCAGUACUAUGUGCUUCGCGGCACACGAAUUAGCAACCCAUCCAGAUAUUCAAACCAGAUUGAGAGAAGAAAUUGACCAAGGAUUUGAAGAAGGUAAAGGAAAAAUGACGUACGAAGUGUUGAUGAAGAUGAAGUAUUUGGAUAUGGUUAUUUCAGAAUGUUUAAGAAAGUGGCCAAAUUUUCCUGGUAUUGACAGAGAAUGUAGCAAAGAAUACGUAAUACAACCAGAAAGUCCAGAUGAGGAGCCAUUAAUUGUAGAAAAAGGAUCGAUUCUCGUUUUACCCGUUAUGUCCAUUCACCACGAUCCUAAAUAUUUUCCGGACCCAGAACGAUUCGAUCCUGAAAGAUUCAGCGACGAGAACAAGGGUAAAAUCAAGGAAUAUACGUAUUUCCCUUUCGGGUUAGGUCCUAGGAACUGUAUAGGAUCCAGAUUUGCGUUGCUUGAAAUGAAGGCGUUGUUUUCGUAUCUGCUGCAUCACUUUGAGAUAGUACCGAUUGCAGAUACCCUUAUUCCUCCUCAGUUAAUGAAGAGAAAUUUUAAUUUGAUGCCUAUUGAUGGAAUGAGAUUGGGAUUGAAAAGAUUAUAACAAGAGUUGUCAAUAUUUUACCAAAAAAAAUUAUUUGAUUAUAAUUUUAUAUGUAAACAAUUUCAGUGUACUUAUUUUAAUAUAAAUAUAAUAUAUUUUAAUAUAUAUAUAUAUAUAUAUAUAUAUAUAUAUAUUUAUAUA